ACCACUAAACGUUGACGUGCCGGGGAAGGAGGGUGUGCACCGCGGCUUCAGAGGUAGCUGGCUGCACAGAAAGGCGAGGAGUGCAGCUCUGCCGGGCGGGGCGAGUGUUUCGGUCGCUGGCGGCUCGGACUUCAGCGGCGCGUGAAUGGCGUGUUCUCGGAGGAGUCGUCUACGCUCCACAUCGGCUCACCGCUUGCACGUAGCGUUACAACUAGCUGCACGAAAACGCGUUUGAUGGGAGCGGCUGUGCUUUCUUUCCUCAAAACGGUGGCGCAGAGAUCGAAGAUGCGAAAAAUCCCUACUGUACAUCUCCUUCAUGUGAGUGACUUGGUGAUUUGAACGGGCAAGGAAAAAAUGCAGCAAGAAUCGCUGUCUGUGUUUGCCUUUCCGAUAUUUGGGAUACAGCAGAUCAUACUAAUUAUGAAGGAGACAGCAGUGAUGCCCAUGCUGCCUGGGUAGUAAAUCCUGCUUCUCUCAAUGAAAACAAAGAGGAGGGGUCUGGCUGAGCCAUGGCCGAAAAGGAGAACAAUCUGAAAACAGCCAGGUUAUGGAGAGAUGCUGCCUUGCGCUCCAGGAAACUAAGAAGCAACUUACGCCAUCUCACCCUCAGCACCAAUAGUAAUCAGAAGAUUGUUCUGCCAGAGAACAUCAGUGAGAUAGAGGCGCUUAACCUGGGCAACAACUCCUUGCUGGAGCUGCCAGAUGGCUUGGGGGCUGCCCUCACCAACCUGCGCAUUCUUGUGCUUAGGAGGAACAAAUUUACCAGCCCUCCUCCUGCUGUCUUUGAACUGGGAUAUUUAUCUGAGCUGGACAUAAGUCAUAAUAGUCUCACCAGCUUUUCUGAGGAUAUUGUAUGUUUAAAGAGCCUGAAGAAAUUGUGCAUCAGCCACAACAAACUGAAGGCCUUGCCGACCCAUAUAGGAGCACUGCAGAAUCUGGAAGAGCUGGAUGUCAGUUUUAAUGAGCUGUGUCAACUUCCUUCAUCUUUCCAAGAACUCCAGAAGCUUAGGACACUGGAUGUUGAUCACAACAGACUGUCUCAGUUUCCCCCUGAGAUCCUAAAACUUGGCGACGUUGAAGAGUUGGAUUUUUCUGGCAAUAAAAUUGAUUGUUUGCCUGGUGGAAUUUCUCAAUUACAGUCACUCAAGAUCUUGUGGUUAAGUAGCACCAAAAUCUCUGAGUUACCUCAGAGCUUUUGUGCGCUGAAAAAUCUGGAAAGCCUCAUGCUGGAUAACAAUUCUUUGAAUUCUUUACCCCAGCCCUUUGGUCAAUUGAAAAAGCUAAAAAUGCUUAAUAUUUCCUCUAACAUUUUUGAGCAGUUCCCACUAGUUGUCCUGGAGAUUGUGGGUCUUGAGGAGCUAUAUCUAAGCAGAAACAGGCUGACUUUUGUUCCUGAUGAGAUAUGCCUCCUUGGCAACCUUGCAAACCUGUGGCUGGACAAUAACAAAAUAACUUACCUUCCUGACUCUAUUGUGGAGUUGGAUAAGCUAGAAGAACUGGUCUUACAGGGUAACCAAAUCGCCAUCCUUCCUGAUAAUUUUGGGAAGCUCUCUCGGGUUAACAUUUGGAAAAUUAAGGACAAUCCAUUAAUACAACCUCCUUACGAGGUGUGUAUGAAAGGUAUUCCUUAUAUUGCUGCCUAUCAAAAAGAACUGGCCCAUUCCCAACCGGCUGUAAAGCCACGAUUGAAAUUGGUUCUAAUGGGGUUAAAGAAUGCUGGAAAGAGUUGGCUGAGACACUGUCUCAUUAGUAGUAAAACGAAGGAUAUUCUUUCAGUGCCUGGAAACAAAGGCAUUGAUUUGGCAACAUGGAUGGCUGAUGUUGAACGGAGUCUUACCUUCAUUGUGUAUGAUCUCUCUGGUGAUCAAAGCUAUGACCUUAUUAAACCAUUUUUCCUUUCACCUGGUGCUUUGUACAUAUUGGUUGUAAAUUUAAAGGACUAUAUGCCCAGAUAUUUUUAUACUUAUGUAGGUUACUUCCUGCACCUGCUCAGUGCCAAGGUCCCACAUGGUGUAGCCUGCAUCGUGGGGACCCACACAGAUUUAUGCGAUGAACUAGAAGUAGAAGAAAAAUGUCUAGACAUCCACCGCCAGAUAGCUUUCCAGGAGAAAAGAGAUGUGGAAUUCUUACAAGGCCUGGUGCAAAAUGUAGAUCAAGCUCUUGGGCAGGAUUAUGACAUUAGAGCCUCCAAUCCUCAUGCCUUGUUUUAUGGUGUCUCAGACAAAAACUUGCGACGUAAAAAGUCUCAGCUGCAGUACCUCCUUAAUAAUCGGCUUCAAAUCCUCUCCCCGGUCUUGUGUGUCAGUUGUGUUAGGGACCUAAGGAAUAUCCAACAUCUAAAGGAAAAGCUUAUGUCUGUAGCUGAGCACCGUGAGAUUUUUCCUAACCUUCAUCGCAUACUGCCAAAAUCUUGGCAAAUGCUAGAGGAGCUACACUGUAAGCCCAAGGAACUAUGGCUCUCUUGGUGGGAUUCAGCUCGUCUUGGAUUGCAAGCAGGGCUAACUGAGGACCGUCUGCAAAGUGCACUCUCGUAUCUGCAUGAGAGUGGCAAGCUGCUCUACUUUGAGGACAGCUCUACUCUCAAGGAGUACGUCUUCCACAAUCUGACCAAGCUAAUUGACAUACUCAACAUUUUCUUCCAACGGGAUGCCACUGUUUUGCUGCAGAAGUUGCAGAAUGAUGCUGAUGCAGACCACCUAUGGGCAACACAGCUAAAUCAUUAUGUGGAAGGCUUCCUUCUGCAUGGCAUCUUGCCCUCUAAUGUUAUUCGGUUACUUUUGAAGCCGCAUAUCAAGACCCAGCAAGAUCUUUACCUCAUACUUGAGCUGCUGGAGAAAAUGGGCCUCUGCUACUGCAUUAAUAAGCCAAAAUUAAAGCCUCUGAAUGGUGCCACUGUCUGGUAUAAAUUCCCUUGUUAUGUCAAAAAUGAGGUACCCCAUGCUGAGGCUUGGAUCAAUGGUGGCUCCACCCUUUUGGGCCAGCUGUUUUCUGUUGAGCAGCUCCAGAUUGAGUACAGCUUUCCAUUGUUUUUUCCCCCUGGUCUGUUUGCCAGGUACAGUGUACAGAUCAAUGCCCAUGUGGUGCAGAGAUCAGAUGGCCGGUAUCAGAUCUUUGCAUAUAGGGGCAAAGUUCCUGUGGUGGUUAGCUACCGGCCAUCACAGGGUGGCCUGCAGGCAGGCACUUUGUCCAUCACUAGCCAUGCUUCACUGCCAAAUAUAUGGACUGCCUGGCAGGCUGUGACUCCACUGGUGGAAGAACUGAAUGUCCUUCUUCAAGAAUGGCCAGGGUUGUACUACACGGUUCAUGUCCUCUGUUCCAAGUGCCUUAAAAGAGGGUCGCCUAACCCACACACCUUUCCAGGUGAGUUGCUGAGCCAGGUGAGGCCAGAGGGAGUAACUGAAAUCAUCUGCCCAAAGAAUGGAAGCGAGCGAGUAAAUGUGGCCCUGGUGUACCCUCCCACCCCUACUGUUGUCAGCCCUUGUCAGAAGUGAAAGGCUCUGUGGUAGAGCUACAAGGCUUCCCUAUCUAUUCCCCCUAUUUAACCACUUCACCUGCGCAGACAACUUCAUAUCUACUACACCAAUCUUCUAAACUGACAAAAGCCACACUGGAGUACUGUUGGAAAGGGGGCACAUCGGCCAUUGAAAUGGAAGAUUGUUUACUGUGAAGAGCAGUAUUCCACAUAACUCUGGCAAUUUACAAAGCUGUAUUAUGGACUCCUACUAAAAUGUAACUGUUUGUGAUCGGAGACGCAGCACAUCACAUUUUUUUCAGACUGUUACUCUUCAGCUAUUCCUUUCAACCACAAAGAUCCACCAUCCAAUACCUAGCCUGAAUUAAAGAUGGCAAAAUGACUGAGAAGACACAAUUUUAUUUAUGUUCCAUAUUUAAGCUUUUUUUUUUUUUGAUUUACAGGCUUCUCAGGGAUUUCUUGUAUCUGAAGCACAUUUGAAAGCCAUAAUAAAUAUCUUGAAAAGGUUGUCUUAAAACAUGCAUGCGUUUUCACAUCUAAUCAGAGUUCUUCUUAGUGGUAAAUACUAUAUAUAGAGUCACGAAGAACAAGCAUGCUUGCCAUUUCUGGACCUGACUCAAUGCUCUUACCUUUUGUACUGUUAUUUUUAUGUCCUUCUCUCACACUCUAAUUUGCCUACCAUACUGAUCCUUCACAGAUUUAAGUUUAAAAUUGAGUGUGAAACUGUUUGCUGUCUGUGAAGUACAACGUAGCUCUUAAUGAAAAAGGGGCCGGAUAACAAUUUAAGGACAUUAUAAAUCUAUGAAAACAUUUUAGCCAGCAUUAAUGCAAAUACACAGUGAGAGGGGGAACAUUAAAAGAGAAGGGAAUUAUGUCAUCACUGUGAACUUAUCACACUGUUCAGACAGCAGAAUGGUAGUACAAGUAAUCUGUAAAUUUCUGUUAAGGUGGAUGCUUUAGAAUAUCUGAAAGGCUGAUUUGGUGACUUGGUUACUCUCCCUCUGACCUCACCCAAAGUAUUAGAAAUGUGCCUUCUGCCACAAAUACAAAUGGUCUUUGAGAUAAAUCAUUCAUUAUAACAGGGUAUAUGGCAUUUGGCCCCAAAUAUCGUAUCGAUACUAAUGCACCACACAUGAAAGAGAAGAUUUCCUUUUGUGUACUGCUGUUUAUUGGAAGCUAGCAGCCAAAGUAGAAAUUAGCCAGUGCCCAGUUACAAAUGCACACUGUACAUGUUAGGGAUUUUGUCAUGACGGAUUUAAAUUUAGAAAUAAAUGACCCAGAUUGUUGACAGCUUUGACCAGCAACAUCUGAGACAUCUGUCUGUGUAGCUCAUCCAAACUGUUUCGGAGAGACAGAACACGGCUAUUUUAUGCACAGCCUACAGUAUAUGGUGUAGAACUGCAGGAAACAUGGAGGUAAACACACACGUGACUGCUUGUUAAACUACCUAAUUGCAUUCCAAAUGAUUGUUACCCCAGCUUAAUUUAAUUCAGUUUCAUUCAUUAUCCCAUCAGCGUCAGGCACAAAGCAGGAGCCAGGGGCCUCAUGUAUAACGCCGUGCGUAGAACUCACACUAUAACAUGGCGUAAGCACAAAAGCGGGAUUGUGCGUAUGCACAGAAAAAUCCAGAUGCAGGAAUCUGUGCGCACGCAUACUUUCACGUUCUUCCACUACAUAAAUCCCGAUUUGCGUGAAAAGUAACGCACGUGCACGCGCCUUCUGUCCCGCCCCAACUCCUCCCAGAAUUACGCCUCUUUGAAUAUGCAAAUCAAUAUAAAUAGCCUUCUGAGAAAAGACAAUGUGAAAAGCACAGGGGAAAAUAUAAGAAUUUCAGCGAAUACCAAGUGGAGGCAAAGGAAAAACGUACUAUUUGUUGGUUUAAACAGUGGUAUAAUCAACAAAAGAAAGUUGAUCGAAUGACAGAGUGUCGGAAAAACUCGAAAGAUCAAAUUCACAAAGUCGCACAGUGCCCGAAAUAAAAAAGAAAUCACAUAUCAAAGUCGCUGUGAAAAGGCGAGUUGUAGCCCACCGUCUGAGUGUCAUAUGAAAGCGUAUUAGGGUACAAACAAAAAACAUAGGCACACAGUGGGAAAAAAGCACGAAAUGUCAACUUUAAUCUCGAAAUUUCUUAAAAUCGUUUAUUUUACUACCGUAGUUUCUCAAGUAGCAUGUUAAAUGCUUUUUUCUGUGUUUGAUCUUCUAUGUGCUCUAUGUGUGUGAAUCACUACGUGCUUCCGUUCUUUCUCUUUCUCCGACAGGACACAGAAUCCAUUACAUUCGUGAUAUUACAGCUCUCUGAAUAAUUAAAAUACUGAGAUGUAUACGUGAUAUCAUUUUCAUGAUGAUAGGAAUGAAAGCAUGUUAUUAAACAUGGGAACACGGUGGCGCAGUGAUUGUUCA